AUGAGCACACAUUCUGACAGCUCAACUAACGACAAGGAAUCUCUCAACUUAAACGACAAGGAAUCUCUCAACUCAAAUUCGAAAAAAUCUAUCUCAUCGGACAAGGAAGUAAAAGUUGUAAUCACCAACAUGGAAAAACUCUCGGUCAAGGACGAAAACUCAUCUCCAAAAAAGGAAGAUAUCGAUGAUACUCAACCCUUAGAUAAAACUCAACAAAUCUCGAAUAAAAAUGAGAAACCAAGUACUUCUCAUGGAAAACACUCAUCAAAAGAGAGUUAUGCGCACGAUCAAAAUUCCAAAAACUCUUCAGAAGUUCAAGAAAACUUGCUCAAGGUCCGAAUGAAUUUCAAAGUAACUACUCAAAAUAGUCGUCUUAAUCUCAUGAUUGAAUCAUUCAACCAGGUCAAAUCAUUCGCUCCUCAAUACUCAGUCAAUGAAGCAAAAUCAAUGCUCACCGUUUUCCAUGAUUUAUGGACGGAAUUUUCUCAAACUCAUGAGGAAAUUGGUGAAACUUGUCCAGAUAGCUUCUUCAGUAAUCCUUAUAUGACUGACGAUUGUUAUGAACAAGCCUGCAAAGUUUAUGUGGAGUCUAAGAUUCUACUCAACUCUCUUAUUGAACGACUCAAACAACCUGCGGCAAACACGACUCGACCAUCUGAAUCCACUCAAACAAAAAGAAGACAGCUUCCGGAAAUCUCGCUGCCUCAAUUCUGUGGAGACUACUCAUCAUGGACUCCUUUCAGGGAUUUGUUUUCCUCCUUGGUAGGUCAAAACUCGGAAAUUUCCGGUGUAGAAAAGAUGCAUUAUUAUCUCCGCACAACUCUCACCGGUGAAGCAGCUCAAUUAAUCGCCAAUCUCCCUCUAUCAAGUGAUUCGUUUGACUCAGCAUGGAGUUUACUCACCUCACGCUAUGAAAACAAGCGAUUACUCAUCUCCUCGCAAAUCGACAAACUUUUCAACUCAUCAAUUAUCUCAGCAAAAUCAGCCAGUGAUCUCAACACUCUCCUCAACACCACCACUGAAGCACUCAACGCUCUCAAAGCUCUCAAUGCUCUAGUUGAUUCAUGGGAUCUAGUUUUAGUCCAUUUUACUACGCGUAGGUUGGAUUCUCAAACCAGGGAAGCUUGGGAAAACAAGCAAGGCUCACGUACUGAACCACCAUCAUACCAGCAACUCAAGGAAUUUCUCACAGCGGCUAAAACAACACCAUCAUCACCUAAAUCAUCUCAAUCAACAACUCAACCAGCAAAAGCCCUUACAGCUUCUCAUCAAACUUAUGGAUACAAUUGCUCAUGCUGUGACGGUUCUCACUACAUAGUAGUAUGUGAGAAAUUCAGGAAACUCUCACCACCGGUUCGAAGGGAGCUUGUCAUCACUCAAAAACUCUGCUUCAAUUGUCUCGGCAAACACUCUGCUCACCAAUGUCAAAGCUCAAAAAGAUGUAGAGAUUGCAAUGGAAAACAUCAUACAAUGAUUCACAUAAAGUAUACUGCUCAAUCAUCAUCAAAGGAUCAAUCAACAUCUCAAAGCAAUCAACAAAAGGACAUCACAAAACCUGUUGUGCUUCUUGCUACUUCUCAAGCUCUGCUACUUCUCAACUCGGGACUUUCUCAGCCAGUGAGGAUUCUCUUAGAUUCUGGAUCAGAAUUAUCAUUUAUUUCUAAGAAACUUGUAUCUCAACUUAAUAUUACUCGUCAAUAUUCAACUAUCCCUAUCAUUGGAAUUGGAGGAACAUCAUCAGGCAGUACUCGGGGUAUAGUCUCCAUCAAACUACAAUCUACUCAUUCUGAUCAAUCGCUUUUGCUUAACGCUUUCAUUCUUUCAAAAUUAUCAUCCAAUCUUCCUUCAAUCUCACUUCCGUCUCAAUCUAUCCCUCAAUUCAAAAAUUUACAAUUGGCUGAUUCAAAAUAUUUUCACAGCUCAAAAAUCGAUAUCAUCAUUGGAGCUGAUCACUAUGGGCAAUUACUCCAACCAGGUCUCAUUCAAGGUCAGGACUCAUCAUUAACAGCUCAAAAAACAAUCUUCGGCUGGGUCAUUCUUGGUCCUGUUAAUGAUUCCUCAACAGAAUCUGGUCACUCAUUUCACAUCACAAUCAAUCAUCAACUCACGGACUUACAAGAUAUUCUCACCAAAUUUUGGGAGCAAGAAGAAUUUCAACUCAAGGUCACGGACUCAUUCACACUUGAAGAAUUAGAAUGUGAAAAUCAUUUCAAAGAAACUCACUCUCGUGAUGUAUCUGGCAGAUACAUCGUUCGAUUACCUCUCAAUUCAUCACCUAGUCAACUUGGCGACUCAUACACAACUGCUCAACGAUGUUUAAAAUCAUUGUUCAACCGAAUCUCAAAGAAUCAAACCUACAGCGAUCUUUAUCACACAUUCUUAAAGGAAUAUGAAGAUCUCAAUCACAUGACUCACUCAGCUCAAUAUUUCACCAGCAUCAAGAUGGAAACUUAUUCAACAGCGUUUUCAAUUUUUUUGGUCUAA